AUGAAGCUAUUCAAUAUCCUUCUCCUCUGGUCUUCCGUCCUGUUUACCCACGUUCUUGCCGACAACACCUCUAUUGCGUACGAGUUGAUCUACUUUUAUUACGUAUACAAGUUUCAAUGGGAAUCCGGAGCCGACAAAACCAUUGCGGUCGGAUGUUCCGCGGCUUAUGGGACAGAAGAGAUGUGCUAUUUCGAUGAAUUUGCCAAGUAUCUCAUCGCGAAUGGCUGGCCCUAUAGCCCUACCACGGAUGAUCACACCAAGACCCCCACUGCAAGCCAAGCUACCGCAUUGAACAAGGAUAUUCCGCAUUCCGCCCGGUUCUCCCUGACCAAGUUGAUGGCUGCGUUUUCAAGCGAGAAGGCUAUGACCAUCGUUUUGGAGAGGGUGUUAGACGCCGCCAACACAGCUCUCGAUGUGGAAGGAUACGAGCCGGCCAAGGCGGACUUGAAACAGGCAAUUGAAAUGACCCAAAGGGCCCAAGCAGCACGCUACGAUAAAUACAACUGGCUGGAAGAUCAGGCGCUCGAAGACACUGCCCCGGAUGCAGCUGAAUAUAUCGUGAAGGACGGGGCAAACUACGAUUGGGAUGAAACCUUCGAUAAGAUUGACGACGCGGUGAACGAUGACGAAAUUGAGUACGAUGAGGGGGAAACGUACAAGGCAGAGCUUCUUAACUUUUCUCAGAACAUCGAUGCCAGAGUCGAAGCUACCCUUACCUCUCAGAACAAGGAUAUAACAAAGACCCAGAAGGACGGAAUUCUGGAACAUCUUCAUAUCAUCAGGUCCUUGGGCACCACCACCAACGAGCUCAAUGAACACGUUGUUGCUGAAUCUGAUGACUCUGGAGAUUCCCUCAGAGCCCCAUCUCAUUGCAGCAGCGAUAAUAUUGAAUUCGGAGAUUCGGAUUAA